UUUGGCAGAAAUGAUAGUAGACCGAAAGCAAGCACGAUGAAGCUCUCUCUUCUCCCCAUUAAUAUUGUCUCUCUCCUCAUCACCAUUAUCCUAUCCCAAUCCCCAGUCUCUCUCUCCGAAACCGAAAGGUGCAACCCUCAAGACAAACAAGCCCUCCUAAACAUCAAGAAAGCCUUCAACAAUGCCUACCACUUCGCCUCGUGGCGCCCCGACACCGACUGCUGCGACUGGUACAUCGUCAUGUGCGACCGCCACACCAAUAGAAUCAUCUCCCUCGACAUUUUCGCCGCCAACCUCUCCGGCACCAUCCCCGACGCCGUGGCCGACCUCCCAUCCCUCAAAACCCUAACUUUCCACAAGAUAACCAAUCUCAGCGGCACAAUCCCAGUAGCCCUAACAAAGCUAACCAACCUCGAAAUGCUUACAAUCAGCUGGACCGACAUCUCAGGUGCAAUCCCUGUUGGGAAAUAUACACAAAUACUUCCGCCCAUUAUCAAAUCGAAAGCAAUAUCAAAGAUAUAA